CGAAAAUAUUUGUUAUAAAUCAUCAAAUCCAUGGACUCCACAGGCACCCCGUUUCAAAUGUCGACUACAGGGGAUGUUUCAAAAACUACCAAAGUAAUUUUUAAAACUUGUAAAAUGUUUAAUAAUCAUUACCUACACUUAUCGAUUAAGGAUUUAUUGGCAGUUUAUUUUUAAAUUGUGUAAAACAAACUGUCAAAGUGGUUGCAAAAAAAUGUGACAACUCAUUGAGAUUUUGUAUGUCUAGCAAAUCGGUCUACAUAACAACCGACAUCUUAGUUACUCAAAGGAUGAAAGCUUCUGGCAUUUAUAAGGUUUUUAUACUGUGCGAAUUACAUCAAUUAUCUGUAAAGUAACCACAUCGAUGACACUCAAUUAUGAUAAGCAUUUUCAGAGUUUUGAUUUUGGAUUUCGGAUAUUUUAUUAUCAGACUAUUUUAUUUUAUUUUAUUAACAACUGCCUUAUAGAAACUACAUUUGUGAAUUCACCAGUUAUGUUUUUAGAUAUGUACACUUUAUAACUCAAGCUUGUUAAUCUUUAAAAACUUUGCAUACAACCUGUUUUAGUCUCCAACUAGCCAUAGAAAAUGUACCAAUCGAAUGACUGUUCAUCAGAAAAACAAGUUCAUAUUGCACCACCUACAGAUGUAAUCCCUCAAACGCGUAAAUCACUUGAUCGAUAUGAAAGAAUUGGAAAUUUAUUAGAACAAUUUUUAAAAGGAAAGUUACAGCAUGUUUAUAAAUUUACUGAUUUACCAGAUGGUUAUUUCCUAAUUGAUGAAAUUAUUCAAUUACCUGAAUUCAAAAAAGAACAUUGUACAUAUGAUGAAAUUAUUGAUGUUGUACAUAAUGAUGCAUUAUUACGAUUCAGUGUUAGAGGAUCAAAAGUUCGCUUGAAACCGCCUGAAUUAAAUAAAGACCCUGAUGUAAUUUUAUCAAAAAAGUUAGCUUGGAUUCUACGUCAUGGAGCAGAGAAUGUCGGAAUGAAAUAUGAACCUGGUGGUUACCUUUAUGUAGAUAAAAUACUUCAAUUGAAACCAUUUCAAGGGGUUCGGCUAGAAGAUAUUUCACGUGUUGUUAAUUCGAACGAUAAAAAACGCUAUGAACUGUCGACAAAUCCAGAAAAUGGUCGGUUACGAAUCAGAGCUUAUCAAGGUCAUACUGUUACAAUCGAAGGAUUAGAUAUUUCGUUGAUUGAAAAUCCUGAAGAUUAUCCAACUGUUAUCCAUGGUACAUAUUUUCGUAAUUGGGAUUCAAUACGUAGAGAGGGUUUAAAACGUAUGCAACGUACUCAUAUACAUUUUGCACCGGGUGAAGUUGGUGAAACUGGUGUGAUUAGUGGUAUGCGUUCAAGUGCUGAGAUUAUUAUUUAUAUUGAUCUAAUUAAAGCAAUAAAUGAUGGAUAUAAAUUUUACUUAUCAAAAAAUAAUGUUAUUCUAUGUGAAGGAAAUAAAGAAGGUUGUUUACCGACGAAAUAUUUUCUUGCAGCUUAUCAACGUAAUCCACGUCUUAAACUUUCACUCACUCCAUAAAACAGCUGACUUGAAUAAAGCUCCCGAAUAAAGAACAUACUUAUAUUUGUUGUGUAUAAAAUUGAAAUUCCCAUAAAUAUUCUGAUACAAAAGUAUAAAAUUUAGUCACUACAAUUAUAUCGUGAUUAUGUUUACUUCCAGUUUCAACUGUUCAGCUCUACGUUAUGCACUACACUUCAACAGCCCACUUUCAUCCAUUUAUCUGUAUCUUUUGUUCUUUGUUAUAUAAUAUUAUAAACUACUUUUCUCUAAACAAGUAGUUUGUUGUUUUAAAGACUAUUUUAUUUUAUUUUUCAGAUAGAUAUUCAGAUUCGUUUGACUAAUUUUUGACUUUUUGGUUUGCUAUUGUAUAACACCUAUAUAUAUAUAUAUGAUUUUUUUACAUUUGGAUUUUACUGAGCUGCAUAUUCUUAUGCGUAUUACAUGGAAUUGUACACAUUUGAAUUACUAUAUUAUAAAGAGCUAUUAUCAGUC